CCUCUUCUUCCUCUUUCGGUUGAUACCAAUCUCUAGCUCCUCAGAGAAAAACCAGAACCUUUUUUCCUUUGAUUUUGAUGCAAUUCAACUCUCUCUUCAUGUAAUCCGACUUCACAAGCUCCUCCCAUGGCCAACCAGUCGUCCACCAAUUCAGUGCUGUGCGCUUCUUUCAAUCAGGACGCCAGUUGUUUUGUUAUAGGAACUAGAGACGGCAUCAAGAUAUAUGAUUCGAAUACUGGACGGCUCUUCUUCGAACGAGCCAUUGGAGCUUUCACUAUUGCAGAAAUGCUGUUUACCUCUAGUCUACUUGCCAUUGUUGGAGCUGGUGAACAGCCAUCUUUAUCGCCACGUCGUCUCUGUUUAUUCAAUACAAUGACUGGAACUGCCCUACGAGAAUUGAAUUUCUUAACCUCAAUUCUAGCUGUUCGCAUGAAUAAGAAAAGGCUUGUUGUCGUUCUGCAAGAGAAGACUUAUGUAUAUGACAUUAAUAGUCUAGCAAUCUUGGACACCAUUGAUACGGUGCCGAAUGUAAAAGGACUAUGCGCAUUCUCCCCUAAUUUGGAUGCUUGUUUUGUUGCUCUUCCUGCUAGCACCACCAAAGGCGCUGUAUUGUUGUACAAUGCUAUGGAUCUGCUGUCCCAUUGUGAGAUAGACGCACAUCGUUCUCCGCUGGCUGCAAUGACCCUUUCUUCCAAUGGGAUGUACAUAGCAACAGCAUCUGAGCAGGGAACCAUAAUCAGAGUUCAUAUGGUUUCUGAAGCAACUAAGUCUUACAGUUUUCGAAGAGGGUCAUAUCCAUCGACUAUAUUUUCCUUAUCAUUUGGUCCUUCGACAGAGCUUCCAGAUAUUCUUGUGGCUACAGGUUCUUCAGGGUCAGUUCAUGCUUUCUCACUUGGGUUUGCUUUAUGCCAAAGAAGCAGAAGAUCAAGUAUUAUUUUGGGAUCAAUAAUACCCGAGUCUGUUUCAGAUGCAUUGGAUCCGGCCCAUCAUGGUGUACUUCAUAGUGCUGCACCAGCAGGAGUUAAAAGCUGUGCAGUAGUUAGAAAGGUUGAAAAGGUUACUAACUCGUCAACAUCUGAGAUCAUAGCAUGCCGAGCCACUAUUUCUAUGGUCGCAUACAAUGGUUACUUCCAAGAGUACAGCUUAACGAUCAGCAACCGGGACGAGUAUUCAUGGAGUUUGGAACGUGAAUUUAAUCUUCUAACGGUAAUCUCAGAGAAUCCCAUUAGCUCAUGAAAGUUUAGACAUAUCUUUCUUGCUAUAAGGAUGCGUCUGACAUGUUUUAUCGGUAAAGCUUUCCACUUUUUAAUUAUGUACAUACUACCUAGGUAGAAGAAUGAAAAUUGGGAUUUUCAAGUAGGGUUUGAUUACCAUUAUACAUAACCUUACUUAUGUCAUAUUAUAUAGAUAAUCUCGUUAACUGCUAUAGGGGAAACUGAUACUAAGAUUUAGAUGUACUGCUAUCUUGAAUGUACUUUAAAUUAUUAUACCUGUACUACUCUCAAUAUAUUUCAAACGAAAACUUAUAAUAAGUAGUAGUUGUGAAGUUUAACGAAACUAAA